AUGUCUCAAGUGCAGGCGCCUGGGUUAGCAGAUCUGGAGAAAGAGCUGGGGUGCUCGAUCUGCACAGAGCUUCUCUAUCAGCCCCUCACUCUCCUCGACUGUUUACAUACCUACUGCGGCUCUUGUGUGAAAGAAUGGUUUGCCGCACAGGGUUCGCGCCAACGACCCCGUGGUACCUCCCCCAAAUUUACCUGCCCUUCAUGCCGUGCUGAUGUGCGCGGCACACGCCCAAAUGCCACCGUGACAACGCUCUUGGAUAUGGUCUUGACGGCCCAGCCAGAUCGUAGCAGGUCGGAAGACGAGAAGAAGGAGAUCGCGGAACGAUAUAAGCCCGGGGACUCAGUCUUCCCUCAACAGCGCACAGAAGCAGAAAGCACAGACGAUGAGGACGACCAGCGACUUUUGGAGGAGGUUCGAGACGUGAGUCUUCGUGAGAAUCGGAUACACACACGUCGCGAAGAGCGCCGAGAAGAAAGGCGCAGAACGCAGCCUGAGAAUAGCCGAACCAGAAGCAGCAACCCCGAGAGCAGGCAUACGGAUGAUGCCAGGUCCCGACGGAGGCGAGAGGAGGAUGCAGAACGGCAACGGCGUAUUGCACGAGUGCAGUAUGACUCUGAGCAUCUACAUACCAGGCGUGUGGAGCACCAGUCAAGUUUGCGAUCCUUACUCAGCCUUUCUUCCGAGACGGAGACGAUAGAAGAAGAGAUCUUACGGCAGAUUGUUGAGGAAGGGCUGCUGAAUGAUAUCGACCUUGAGAAUAUUGGCCCUGCUCAAGAGGAGGAGCUUAGUGAGCGUAUUGCAGCUGCCUACCGCAGGAGACACAUGCAACAACCGAGCUCCCCUCCAGCGCAAAGGCGCAGGCAAUCUCCCGAAGGCAACCACCGUUCGCAUGGGCAGUCGAAUUCAGCCAACCGAACCGAAGACGUAACUACAAUACCUCGAGACUCCAUUGACAGGCGACCCCCAUAUCCAGACCGCAUCUACUUGGCUCAGCUGCACCUCAGCCCCUUUCAAGUCACCACCGACGAAAUUCGGAACAGGGUAGUAGCAGCCGCAGAACCUCACCCGUCCGAGUAA